AUGGAGAAAAUUAUGAGCAGAGGUGUGAGAAAAGGUGCAUGGACACGUGAAGAAGACAAGUUACUAAAAGCUUGUAUUGACAAGUAUGGUGAAGGAAAAUGGCAUUUAAUUCCACAGAGAUCAGGAUUGAAUAGGUGCAGGAAAAGUUGUAGAUUGAGAUGGUUAAAUUACUUAAACCCCACCAUUAACAGAGAAAGUUUUUCUGAGGAUGAAGUUGAUAUGAUUCAAAGGUUACACAAACUUCUAGGAAACAGAUGGGCAUUAAUUGCUGCAAGGCUUCCGGGUAGAACAUCUAAUGACGUGAAGAAUUAUUGGCACACACAUUUGCGCAAGAAGAUGAUUUCAAAAAAAUUAAAAGAAAAAAAAGAAAAACAGAAAUCUAAUGAAACUUUGAAAGCUCACGAAGUUAUUAAACCUCAACCUCGAACUUUUUCAUCUCAUUCACCUUGGUUGAAUGGGAAAAAUAAUGUGAAAAUUAAAGAUGUUAGUGUUGCUAAAGAUAGUAACAUAAAGAGUAUUAUAACACCAAUUAUUGGUGAUGGAGACUGUGCUGCACCCCCAUGUCUUGGAAACUCAACACUGUCAACCAUGUGGUGGGAAAGUUUGUUGGGAGCUAACAAUGACAAAAUUGGUUCAUGCUCUUUAUUACAAGAGGAGGGAAAUUCCAUUUUAGGGUUACCAAAUAUUGAGAACUAUUUUGUUGAAGUUCCCAAUAAUGUAGGUGAUUGUAAUUGGGAUUUUAGUCUUUGUGAAUUUGAUUCUCUUCUAGAUAUUUUAAAUUAG